UCUCUCUCACACACACACUCACGCAGUACAAAAUGUAUCAGCAAACAUCCUUGCCACUGCCUUGCGAAUGCAAUUCAGACAACAUGAUAACCUCUUUGAUUCCCAAAACCCUAACAUCUAACCAAAAACAACCCCAACAACCGACAGAUGAUCAAACCAAGAAACCCUACAAAACUACACAUCUUUCUCUAAUCAUACAAGAAUUCAAAUCCAUAGCUAAAAUAGCCCUCCCCAUGAUCCUAACCGGCCUUUUACUUUACUGUCGUUCUAUGAUUUCCAUGUUGUUUCUUGGAGGGCUUGGCGAACUAGCCUUAGCCGGAGGCUCGUUAGCCGUUGGUUUUGCUAAUAUCACUGGCUACUCGAUCCUCUCCGGUUUGGCCAUGGGAAUGGAGCCCAUUUGUGGUCAAGCUUUUGGCGCCAAAAAGUACAAAAUUCUUGGCAUUAGCUUGCAAAAAACAAUCCUUUUGCUUAUUUUCACUUCAUUUCCAAUAUCUGUUUUGUGGGUCAACAUGAAAAAUAUUUUACUAUUAUGUGGCCAAGAUGAAUCCAUUGCAGCACAAGCUCAAGCAUACUCGUUAUAUUCACUUCCUGAUCUUUUUGCUCAAUCUUUACUACACCCUUUAAGAAUCUACCUUAGAACACAAUCCAUAACUUUGCCUUUAACAUUUUGUGCAGUCUUUUCAAUUCUUCUGCACAUACCCAUAAAUUAUCUUCUUGUUUCAAGGCUUGGUUUAGGCAUCAAAGGUGUUGCACUAAGUGGUGUUUGGACUAACUUCAAUCUUGUCGGAUCAUUAAUUGUCUACAUAUUUUUCUCGAAAGUUUAUGAGAAAACAUGGGGAGGACUAUCCAUGGAGUGCUUGAAGGACUGGAAAUCCUUACUGAAUUUGGCCGUUCCUAGCUGCAUUUCAGUCUGCCUCGAAUGGUGGUGGUACGAAAUCAUGAUUUUACUCUGUGGAUUGUUAUUGAACCCUAAGGCAACAGUUGCUUCAAUGGGGAUUUUGAUACAAGUCACUGCAUUAAUCUAUAUAUUCCCGUCUUCUGUUAGCUUUGGCGUUUCAACCAGAGUAGGCAAUGAAAUAGGUGACGGCCGGCCAGAAAAAGCAAAACGUGCAGCUUUUGUAGGCCUCUCCAGCAGCUUCAUACUAGGAUUUUCAGCACUGUUUUUCACAGUAUCAGACUCUGUGAACUUGGAAACUGCCCACAAACAACAGGCUGUGGGGUGUUGAGGGGAACAGCUAGGCCUAAAGUUGGAGCAAACAUUAAUUUAGGAUGCUUCUACAUUGUCGGAAUGCCAGUGGCAGUAGGUUUAGGGUUUUUCCUUAACUUUGAUUUUGAAGGUCUGUGGCUGGGACUUUUGGCUGCACAAGCCUCAUGUAUGGUGACAAUGAUGGUGGUUUUGCUUCUUACAGAUUGGGAAUUUGAAUCCAAGAAAGCCAAAGAACUUACAGGAUCAUCCAUUGUUGAUGACAGUGAAGAAAUUGAGGAAGAUGAGCCACUUUGUGCACAGGACUCGACAGUAUAACUAUGUAAUACUGUCCAUUGCUAUCCAAUCUAGAACGGAAUAUACCAAUAAAGCAGAAAUCAAGGAAGAAUUUUUAUGUUAAUUAGGUGACAGUAAACUAUAUGAAGGUGAUAAGUUUUUGUUAUUAAAAUGUAAAGGUAGUUAUUAUUUAUUUUUUUUGGCCUGCAAAAUUUUCAGAGAUAGCCUUGAAAAUUCAAGCGUGCAUUUGUCUUUUGUACUCUACAUAGGUAGCAUAUAACAAGAAUUCAGCUAAGGAUCAGCGGCCAUUUUGAUUUCACAAUGCAAUAGACAGGUAGGUUCAUUUGAUCUGUCAUCUCAAGACACAUUGAAAUGUUCCUCGUUGGGAUUUACAUUUCUUGU